AUGGCAGGUCCAAGAAUUGCCUGCAUUGGCGUGAUUGGGAAAGCAGAUAACCCCCUUCACAUCUCACUGUUUCCCCCGUACUCGGACUCUACUAUUGAAUUCUCCUUCUUGCUGAACUCGUGCCUUGACAUCUUUGACAUCCGUGGCAAGCAAACCUCCAUCGAUCAGGAUCUGGGCCUCUUGCAUGCAAUUGACGAGCGGCUCGCAGCCUAUGGCUGGUUGACGACGACGGGAGUGAAACUAUUGAUAAUUGUGGAUGUUUCUGGUCAAGAUGAACCUGCAGGCCCUGGAAAGCCUGCAGCUGCAGCUAUCAAUGGCUUGAGGGACUCGGAUAUGAAGCCGGCAUUCCGAGCAUUGCAAAGUGCAUAUAUUCAGCUUUUGCAAAAUCCAUUCUAUUCCCCCGAUGACCACAUACCGGUUGCCGGAAACUCAACGGCUUCAAUUUCAGCUAGUCAGCCCAUUUCAAACAAAAAGUUUGUGGCAGAAGUUAAGCGCAUCGGCGAUGUGUGGGUACCAGGCGCGGCUUUAUAG